GGUCGCUUAGUGAAGGCUCGCGGGCCAAGAUGCGGUUUGACCCGGUGGCGUGAGUGAUGCGCUGGCUGCUGCCGGUGUUCCACACCGUGACACUGGUCUUCGUUCGCGUGAGGCGAAGCGUUCCCGGGCAAGGGAUGUUCUAUGCGGUGAGAAGGGGCCGCAAGACCGGCGUCUUCCUGAGUUGGAGUGAGUGCAGAGCGCAAGUGAACCGGUUUCCUGCUGCCAGGUUUAAGAAAUUUGCCACAGAGGAGGAGGCCUGGGCCUUUGUUAGGAACUCUUCAAGCCCAGAUGGUUCAAAAGGGCAGGAAAAUGCAGAUGUGCAGGAAUCACAGGUGAAGACCAGCAAGCGGCCUCGGGAGCUUCUAGAUGAUGGGGAAGAACCUCCAGAGCCAGGGGGAAAGCACGUAAAGCAGAACACAGAGCAGGAUACCCCAGUGAGCAGGGACACAUUUGCCUACAUGGGAGAAUCAGUCGUUGUCUACACCGAUGGCUGCUGUUCCAGUAAUGGGCGGACGCGGGCACGAGCAGGAAUCGGCGUUUACUGGGGGCCAGGCCACCCCUUAAAUGUAGGUGUUAGACUUCCUGGGCGACAGACAAACCAGAGGGCCGAGAUCCAUGCAGCCUGCAAAGCCAUCACACAAGCCAAGGCUCAGAACAUCAGCAAGCUGGUCCUGUACACAGACAGCAUGUUCACCAUCAAUGGGAUAACUAACUGGGUCCAGGGCUGGAAGAAGAAUGGCUGGAGAACGAGCACAGGCAAAGAAGUAAUCAACAAGGAGGACUUCAUGGAGCUGGAUGAGCUCACCCAGGGCAUGGACAUCCAGUGGAUGCACAUUCCUGGUCACUCAGGAUUUGUGGGCAAUGAAGAAGCUGACAGACUGGCAAGGGAAGGAGCGAAGCAGUCUGCAGACUGAGCGGAGUAAUUGCUGCACAUUCAGAGCCGAGGAAGUGCCUGUUUCUUUACCCUGCUGUGCAUGGAAUACACGAUGGUGACCUGUGACUCAGCUCAGUGACAAGUGCUUGAGUAAUGACAGGGAAAUUGUGAGCCCCACAGCUGUGAGACUACAGUGUUUGUGCCUCUUGGGUCUCAUGGUUCUGCUUGUUUUGUUGCCCAAAAUACUCCAGCUUGAUUUUAGUAGGAAUCGGAGAGACACUGGUCAGUAGGUUUGGCUUAACAGUUCCAGAAUAUUCUUUUUCCUUCCAGUGUACACAGUGCGAGACUCUUGGCCCUGCACCUGCCCUGUGCCUCUGUGUGCAUCAGAUAUGAGAUGGCCAUGUGGGACCUGAGGCUGGCUUUGGGUGGGCAGAGCCUGUACCCAGGUGACGUUCGCCUCUGGAUCAUGUUGUAGGAACAGCUGAGACCUUUAAAAACCAAGAUGCAUAAAUAUAUUCCUAGUAGAUUUCUUUUGGCUAUUUUCCUUAAAAAUACUGUAUAAAUUUAAAACACAUUUGAAAUUAUUGUUUUUUUAUUUUUAUAAUAAAAAUACACAGGAAUGCCACACACACAAAAAGGUGAGUUUCCCUUACUAUACAACACGAGAAAUUAAGAAAGUCAUUCUUAAAGGAAUGGGCUGGUCACCUUGUUAUCAUGCAAACCCUCACAUUGCCCUUAAGCAAUGGAAAAUUGUGCAGCCUGACUCUAGAGAGGUUAGGAAUGACAGGGAUGCUGAGACAGUGCUGUCACCUGAGCUGACUAAGUUUCUUAGGAGUGAGAAGCUGGGCCAUCUGCUCCAGGGCAGAUGGAGUCACCCCUGAGAACCAGUGACAGCUGCAGUUCAUGUGCUCUCCAUCCAGCUCUGCAGACCUCGCUGUGAUAGCGGCACAUGCCAAGAGUAUGCUCCAGAGGCACACGUGUGUCUUGGCGGGAGCAGGGUGGUGGGCCUGAGUGAGGCUAGGAUGAUCCAUCUCUGCUGGCUUGGUGUGAAAUCUGUGCAGUGAGGCCAGCUCAAAGUCUUGUGUGAGGAUGGGGAAAUGGCCCAGUGGGUAAGAGUACUUACUUCAUCAGCUUGAGGACCUGACCUGUGUUCAGAACCCCAGAAGCAUGAACAAGGUGGGCAUGGCCAAGGCUUGCUCAGAAUUCCAAUGCUUUGCAGUAUAAAAACAGCAGAAUUGCUGGGGCUUGCAGGAUAUCCAUCCUGGCCAAAAUUCUCAGCUCUGGGUUCAAUGGUGAGAGCCUGGGCGGAGAGUGACAGAGCAGGACACCAGUAUCUGUUGUCUUCUGCGACAGCUGCACACAUGAGCAUAAACACAACCCUGUAUUAGGACCAGCAAUGGUAGCACAGAACCUAUAAUUUCAGGGUUUAGGAGGCAGAAACAGGAGGGUUGGGGGUUCCAGGUCAGCCUAGGCUGUGUGGCAAGUUUGAGACUAGUUUGAGACCUGAAACCAUGUCACAAAACUAGAGCUUCUGACACUGUUUUUUGUGUGUUUACUGGAGAAUGAAUAUCUUCUCUAACAUGGUGGGCAAGCACUCUGCCUACUGAGCUGUGUGUGUCAGCCUGCACUGUGUGUGUAGGCUGGAGAGAUUGCCAGCCUUUCUCAGUUCUCCACCUUUAAAACAUUUCAUUAGCUGGCGCUGGUGGCACAUGCUUUUAAUCCCUGCACGUAGGGAGGCAGAGGCAAGCAGAUUGCUGUGAGUUUGAGGCCAGCCUGGACUACAACACCAAAGUGAGUUUAGGACAACCAAGGCUACACAGAGAAACCCUGUCAAAAUUUGAUUAGCAUGUUUUAUACAUAAUGGGUUUCAUUACAUUUUCAUACAUAACCAUCCAUCAACCAUGUCCCCAGUGGUCCCUUUUCCAUUGACUGACAACUUUUGAAAGUUGUUCCAUAGAGAGCAAAGGCCUCUCAGUGCUAGCUUGGUGUGAACAUUGUCCAGAAGCCAGCUCUCCUGAUGUGUUUUAUAGGAAGUCCAGUGUAGUCACGCUCAAGCACAAGGAUAAUACACCACUAAGGAUAUCAAGUGGAGAGUGCCAUGACACUGUUGCAACCUUGUCUGUAUUUGAAGGGUGUGAGAUUCAUAAUAAAAUUGCUUUUUGGAAGUGGA